GUUUUACAUCCACUUGCUUUAAAAGCGCGUAAAUAAAAAUUUCUUAAGCUCCCAUAGCCAAAUAUUUUAAAAUUGUUUCCUGAAGACAUGAAUUUUAUGGAGAGCAGUAGCGAAAUGGUGACGUGCCCCUACAACAGUGCACACCGUAUGUUACGGAAAAAACUACAACAGCACAUCAUAAAGUGCCGCGAGCUAUACAAAAACGAAAUACCUUUACUAAACUGCCCCUUUAAUAAUAGUCACUUGAUACCUGAGCCAGAGUUCUAUCAACAUACCAAAUCUUGCGAGGACCGGAAAAUUGUUGCCCACUUUCAGUUUAGCGAGUCUGCACCAAUAAAAGAAGAUGCAAAGCAUGAGAAGAUUUCAGCCGAUGAGGAUUGGGACGAAGAUAACACUCCAGCUUAUAACCCUCAGGUGUAUGCCGCAUCGGCAAACAUUGUGCGCGAGCCAAAGGGCAUAUUCCCGGCUCAACGAAAGGACUUUAUCAAGGAGGAGCGCAAACGCUUGGGUGAUCUUAGCGACGAGGAAAAAAUGCCCGAGCCUCCCCCGCCCCCCAAGAUAAGCAUUCGAGAGACCACAAAAACUCGUCACCAGCCUUACCAACGUAGAGCUAACCAUUAAAAUAUACAGUUCUAAGCAAUAUACAAGUAAAAUAAACUUAUACUUUUAUAAAAA